UUCUUCUGGUCCUUCAUGCCAAACCACUGCUUUUUCUUCUCUCUAAUUGCUUGCUCUUUUGCUGUUGAUUUUGUUCAUUGCUUUGAUCUUUCUCUGAUGCUUAGAGAAUUACCCAGUAGUUUAGAUACAGAGGGAACCAAGAAAAUGUUGAAGAACAAGGCAACGAGAUUCUUGAAGAGGAUAACUUUGGUUUUGGCAUCAAUGGCCAAGGCUAAAACUUUAGCUCUUAAAAGCAAAACCCAUGCGUUGAAAACUCGGUUGAUGAUAUUCUCUCUGUUGAGAGACAAAAAAGUUCUGAUGAGCUCCAUCUCUCGGAAGCUCCAUUCUAUUAUGGGCCAGCUAGAGCAUGACAAAGAUCAAGAAGAUGGAGAUAAUAACACUGGAGAACAAAGCAAGGCCAUUGUGCUUUAUAACCACGGCUCUAUGUUGCUCCCCAAUGCCGCUCAAAUAGAGUUGCUGGAGAAUGCUGAUGAAGUUGAUAAUGUCUACGGCUAUGGCUAUGGCUAUGGCUAUGGCUAUGGCUAUGGCUACAGCUAUGAAAAAGAGGAUGGUGAAGAGAAGUUCCCAGACCUGACCCACUCGUUAUUUGAGUCUGAAGAUUUGGAGUUUGAAGAUCCAGGAGGGUCAGUGAUAGAUUUGGUGAAGAAUUCAAAGAAAGAAGGUGAAGAAUUCAGGUUAGAGGACGAGAUAGACCAUGUUGCAGACCUGUUCAUAAAGAGAUUCCAUCGCCAGAUAAGAAUGCAGAAGCAGCUCUCCGUUAAAAGGCAUCAGGAGAUGCUUGAAAGGAGUGCUUGAUGAUGGUAAACUUCACUUGCAAAUCUAAGAUCAAACUAAGCCUUUGCAGGUUGAAGAUGACAAAGUCCAUUCCAGAGCCAAGUUCUUUUAUUAUUAUUAUUAUUAUUUUGCGACUUUCUUCAGUUGAAGAGUAUAGAAUUUUCAAUUUGCAGUAAUAUAUAUUACUCUGGUGAUUGAUCAUGAUGAUCAGGAAUGAUGAAAACAGAGGAGCCCAGUUUUAUGAGGCCAUUUCUGUGCAGUAUUAAUAUGGUAGCAGAAAUAAAGAGAUUCUAUUUGCUUUUCUGUAGAA